AAUAAAUGAUAGAUUUCAAAUUCAAACCGAUUUCCACGUGAGGCGCACGUGAUCCAGGACCGGCUUUUGAUCCAACGGCUCAGAUAAUCGCGUUGGCUCAAAGCUAGUACAAAUUCAAAAACCCUUCCACAAAACCUACGCAUUCUUUAAUUAGGGCUUCUCCAGUAUAUAUUCACACACACAAACACUCAACGCAGCGCUAACCAAUUCCAAUCCAUCUCCAUCUUCUCUCUCUAGCUGCACCAUCCGCCUUUGCUUUGUUUAACUCUCUCUCAAAAGGAUCAGCCGCCGAUCGAAUGGCGUUGCCGAAUCAACAGACUGUGGAUUACCCUAGCUUCAAGCUUGUUAUUGUUGGAGAUGGUGGCACUGGAAAGACUACCUUUGUGAAGAGGCAUCUCACUGGAGAAUUCGAGAAGAAAUAUGAACCAACUAUCGGUGUGGAGGUUCAUCCCUUGGAUUUCUUCACUAACUGCGGGAAAAUCCGAUUUUAUUGCUGGGACACUGCUGGUCAAGAGAAAUUUGGUGGGCUUAGGGAUGGAUACUACAUCCAUGGACAAUGUGCCAUCAUUAUGUUUGAUGUGACAGCUCGAUUGACUUACAAGAAUGUUCCAACGUGGCACCGUGAUCUCUGCCGGGUCUGUGAAAAUAUCCCAAUUGUGCUAUGUGGCAACAAAGUUGAUGUGAAGAACAGGCAGGUGAAAGCAAAACAAGUUACAUUCCACAGGAAGAAGAAUUUGCAGUACUAUGAAAUCUCAGCAAAGAGUAAUUACAACUUUGAGAAGCCUUUCUUGUACCUUGCCAGGAAGCUUGCCGGUGAUCCUUCAUUGCACUUUGUCGAGUCCCCGGCCCUUGCUCCACCUGAAGUUCAAAUUGAUUUGGCUGCACAGCAACAGCAUGAAGCUGAGCUCUUACAGGCGGCCAGCCAGCCCCUUCCUGAUGAUGAUGAUGAGGCAUUCGACUAAAAAGAUUGCGCGACCCAAUUAUGCAUGCGUGCUUGUUGGGGUUUUUGAGGAUAUUGUUAUCUGAGUUUGAGGGUUCUUACUGUAGAUGUAGUUUCUCUUGAACUGCUGGUGGAUUGUUGAUUUCAUAUGGUUGUGGGAAGAUGCUUUUUAAUCUUCUGAAUAUGUGAGGUGGUAUUAUUUGUAUCAGCUAGUCUUUUAUAUGAACAAUUGAUAUAAAUAUUUGCCGUGGUUUUCGUGGAACAAA